AUGGAGGGUAUACUAUUUAAAUGGACGAAUUAUUAUAAUGGAUGGCAACCUCGUUAUUUUGUAUUGAAUGAAACAGGUUCAUGUUUAGUACCUGCUUGUGAACUUAAAGUUCAUCCAAAUGAUCCAUUACGUUUUGAUUUAAUUAUUCCGGGUGAACAAUUUUUUUGUUUAAAAGCUAAAUCACAACCUGAACGACAACAAUGGCUUGUUGCUUUGGGAACAUGUAAAUCAAGAGGAACUAAAUCUUCAACAACAACAACAACAACUAUUUCAAAUAAUAAUAAUAAUAAUAAUACAUCUUCAAUAUUCAUUUCACAUAUAAAUGCAAUUGAUAAUGAACUUAAAAUCAAAGUUCAAGAAUUACGUCUUUAUGAAACUGUUCUUACACAACGUAUUCAUGGUAUUAAAUCAAUUGCAAAUGAUACACCAAUACCUGAUAUUAAAAAAUUAGACGAAUCAACAUCAAUGUUAAAUGUAACAUGUGAUGCAUUUAUUUAUACACUUGAUGAGUGUGUUAAAUUAGCAACAGGUGAUUCAUCUCAAUCAUUACUUUUACUUUCUUCAUCGUCAUCAACAAUACCUGAUGAUAUAUCAACAUAUCAACAAACAUUUUCUCAAAUUGAUUCAACUAAAUCAAUAACAGCAACAAAAAUUCUACCAAAAGAAUUUUUGUAUAAAACAUUUUUUUCUCAACUUCCUUUUACAUUUGCUAAAUUAACUUCAUUAGCAUUUAAAGAUAUUCAUUCCGAAUUUUUUCUUUCAACAUGUGAAGAAUAUUAUUUUUUGAUCGAUAAAUUCAAUAGUAAAACAUUUAUUCCAUUACGUACAGAUGUCAAUGGUAAUAUUAGUAAAUUAAGAAGAAAAAUUAGUAAUGAUCCAAGUAAAUUUCAAACAUUAUAUUCGAUUGUUAAUGAUGAAAUCAUUGCUAAAACAACAAAAGAAAAAAAUUCAGCUACUGAUGCACUGCUUUGGCUUAAAAGAAGUCUUCAUUUUCUUGGAUGUUUUCUUCAUGAAUUUGGUCAAGGCGAUCAAAAUGUUGAAGAUGCUAUAAAUAAAGCAUAUGGACAAACAUUAAAACGUUUUCAUGGAUGGAUUACACGAGGAAUUUUUUCGAUUGUACUUCGUUCGGUUCCUUACAGAGAAGAUUUUCUUAUAUCACUUUUAAUCGAUCCGAGUGAUGGUCGAGAAGUUCUUUUCGAACGACAGAUAUUGAAUGAAAUGCUAGAACAUAGUUCAUAUAUAAAUAUUAUUGUAAAUAAAAUAACAGAAUUUUAUAUUGAACAUGAACUUGAAUCAGAUGAAAUUAUUGGAUGA